AAAAGAGGAAAGAAAAGAAGACACAAAAAUGGAGUUUUGGAAGCUUUUCUUUGUUGCAUUAAUGCCAGUUUUGAAAGUGUUGCUAAUUACUGCAUUGGGAACAAUUCUUGCAAUUGAUCGCUUUAACAUACUCGGAAAAACUGCCAGGAAAAGUCUCAACAAUAUGGUAUAUUUUGUCUUUGCUCCAGCUCUACUUUGUACCAGUUUAGCUGAAACAAUAACUCUAAGAAGUGUGGUUAGACUGUGGUUUAUGCCUCUCAACAUUCUUCUCACAUUUAUUAUUGGAACAGUUCUUGGAUUGUUACUUGUUAAACUAACUAGAGUUCCUAAUCAUCUCCAUGGCCUUGUUUUAGGAUGUUGUUCAGCAGGAAAUCUGGGAAAUUUGCCAAUAAUUAUAGUUCCUGCAGUGUGUAAACAAAGUGGGAAUCCUUUUGGAGAUGUGAAUGUUU